AGGGGCGCAUUCCUACAAUAGCAGUGCUAAGCUCAUUUUUUUUUUCGAAACUAUUUGAUAGCGAUAUGAAGUUCCAGUACGAAAAGGUUAAAAUGUGGUUCACAGAGAUCAUGAUCAGCGACAUGGAUUUGAUUAUUGCACCUUUCCACGUCGCGCAGAACCAGCAUUGGACACUCGUAGUGGCAGACCUACGACGUAGGAAAAUAGAGUACUACGAUUCGCGGACGGCGGAUCGUGAACUCGCGGCGAAGGUGACAGGGGGGUUUGCAAGAUUUCUGUACAUGAGGUCGGUCGAACAAGGCAAAGAAAUCGACACUGCUAACUUCAACCAUAUAUGGCAAGUGGAAGGCAUUCCGAAGCAGCGCGACUUCAACGAGUGCGGUGUCUUUAUGCUGACAUAUGCAUCACUAUUGGCGAGAGGGUUUCUUCCACCUUUAAGGUUCACAUCAGAUGACAUGAAGAAAAUACGAUGCCGGAUAGCUUUCGACGUAGCUGUUGUGGAGUGGCACUAUGUGCAUAACAAUUACAAGCUGGUUAAAUAUCACGACAGGUGGUCGGGAAAGCAGAAGUAUUGGAGUAUGGAUCAAGCACAAAGAAAGAUAUGGGAUCCGGACUUCGUCAUACGCAGGCUAUGGUACGACAUCAUAGACGAGCAAGACAAGGAUACCAUCAACAUUCAUGAUAUCACAGAUUCAGGCGCCGAGACAGAGAAGGCGGAUGACAGGGAUGACCAACUGCAUGGUACCGAUGGUGAAGGGGGAGCUGCGGCUGGUGCACCUGCGGCAGCUGCACCUGCGGCUGCUGCUGCACUUGUGGCUGCUGCACCUGCGGCUGAUGCACCUGCGGCUGGUGAACCUCCGCCUGCUGCACCGACAACGAAUGCAAAUCGUGGCGGUGUGCCUUCCCAGCGGCCGAAUGUCGGUAAUAACUCCAAUGUUGCAUCACAAGGUAGGAGGUCGACCACGAUUCAAGGUGAAAUGUCAGACAAUAGUAAAAGGACUGCUGAAAUCGUGCGUGAUCAGGCUAUGCGGGCAGUUUGCGCGGCGAUGCAUGAUCAUACAGCUGCACAAGUCCUAUCUGAGAAGGAACAUAAGGUCAUCUUGCUCCAAAUUUAUGACAAGCAGGUGGCAUCUCAAGAAACAGUUGUGAGGACGACUUGGGAAGCAAUGGAGAAGGACAUUGCGGUUCGAGAUGGAGGAUCUGAAAGAAUUGCAAGUGAAUUGAGAGGUGUGCCCGCAGAUGCCAUUCGGAGUUUGGCAAGUAGUAGAGGAGGGACAUCAUCAACUCACACUGGGGGAGAGCAGGGGUCUCGAGACGACGAGAUCAGUGGACCGAUACUUGGACCGCAAGCUCCGUUUUCUGCUAAGACAUCUUUCCAGAGGUACUUGAUGUUAGAAGAUGAGUUGGUUGGAAGGAAGAUGAAAGAUGGGAAUUUGGGAGUGCGUUUGGAAGUAGUACAGACAGAGGUGCGGGAGCUCAGGGCAUUGGCAACUAGUCAAGCCACCACUAUCCAGGAUAUGAGGCGGCAACUUCAGGAUAUGGCGGCUAAGAUGGACAGAGAGGCGCCCACCAAAGUGGUGCACUGGACAGAGAGCAGUCGCUAUGGCAUUCAAGGGGAGUCAGUGCAGGGUCUAUUUGGACAGUCGCCUGCGGCAGGGCCCUCCCGAAAACCACCCAUGGGGAAGGUCAUCUUAGAACCGGAAAAAGCGAACGCAAAGAGGGAAGCAGAAAAGGAGGCCUUUGAGUUCAAGGCACCUACUGAGCUUGCCACCCAACCUGCGACUUCUUCAGAACCAGCGACAGAGUCCUUGAUACCACGAGCAGGGGAUAGACCACGGACAACUGUCAACGAGUCUGCGCUUGGGUCUGACGAGGGAUCCAUGAAUGUACUCCUCGAAGCAGUCAUCACCAUGCAAGAAGGGGCGAGUGUGCUUAUGCCUGAACAGAGAGAGGAGGUGUCUCGGGAGGAAGAGAUAGUGUUUGCGAUGGAGGGUGUCUAUGAGGGCAGACCACAGAGGUUAGAUACACCUGAGUACAGGCUUGAGGGAGUUGGGAUACAGGCAGAGCCAAGUACUCAAGAGUUAGAGGUUGGACCUGAGGAGCCAAUGGGUAUGCCCCAGUGUCAUGAGAUGACCAUAGAGGCUAGUGAGGCACCUUCAUCGCCAGGAUCUCAGAAGAAGAAGAAGAGGGGCCGAAAAUCAGGAGACUUAUCCUGCUUCUUCUGCAAGGAUAGGGAGCAUAGGGCCUUGCAAUGUCCUAAGUUCCUGAAGGACAAGGCAUCAGGGAGAGUCACUGAGAGUGGAGGAAAGAUGUACGAUAGACAGGGUAGAAUAAUAGAGCGAUCUGCAGAUGGAGGCAUAGCUCAGUUAUAUAAGCAAAACCAGAUGGAGAUGAGUGAGUAGGGACUGGUUCGCCUAUGUGUGGAUUAGUUAUUUCUGGUUCCGGGAUUGAGAAGGAGUCCACACUUCUAAAGUUAGGAAUUAG